AUGGGCACUAGAGCGAGAGAGCAUGAGGUCACAGUGCGCCUCCGCGGUGGUAGUAGUCCCGCUCGGCCAUUAUUCACCCUGCACACCACCACCCCGCCACCCUCCCCAAUAAAAGUUCGGCGUCCUACUUCAAAGGCGGUGCCGCAAACACAUCCACAAGACAUCAAAGUGUGUGCGAACGCCGUUGUCGUCGUUGUCGGCGUAACCCCCACCUCCGCGGGCAUAGAGAGAGAGAGAGCGAGAGAGAUUGUGGGCGGGUCGCAUUCACUGCGCUUCCACGAGCCAUCCGUCCCCGUCCUCUAA